GCGGUGCGCAUCGCGACUCGGAAGCGGAAAUGCGAUGGCGGUUACAACUUCCGGUUCCGGCGCGCGGUGCCCUUGGGCAGCAGGGGAUGAUGGCGGCGCUGGUGCUGCUACGGGCGGGGCUGGCGCGGCCCCGCAGCGUCCCGACGGCUCUGCUCCGUGGGACCGUUCUCCGCCGCCCCGCCGUGCUGGCGGCCGCCGCCGACCGCAGCGCUCCGGCCCGGCAGAGCCAUGGCGGCGCCCCGCAGGGCCACGGCAGCUCCAAGGCCGCAUCCUUGCACUGGACCAGUGAGCGUGCGAUCAGCGUCCUCCUGCUGGGCCUGCUCCCCGCUGCCUACCUGUACCCUGGAGCAGCUGUGGACUACUCCUUGGCUGCGGCACUCACUCUCCAUGGCCACUGGGGUCUUGGACAGGUAAUAACCGACUACGUCCAUGGAGAUACUCCUAUUAAAGUGGCCAAUACAGGUCUGUACGUACUAUCAGCCGUUACCUUUGCUGGCCUCUGCUACUUCAACUAUUAUGACGUUGGUAUCUGCAAGGCUGUUGCCAUGCUGUGGAGCGUCUGAGAUGCACCAAGUCACUGACAAACGUGAUUGUUCCUUGCUGCCUCUGCUUUACCGUAUUUUUAACAAGUUUCAUGUGAGAACAAUGAAUAACCAAGGGUCUGUAGUUUGUACCUGUAGCAGCCAAUUCAGAGCUCAUCUUUCAGAAAUAAAUACCCAUCUUUCUUUUGAUUUAUUGCUACAGCAGGAAAAAUCUUACAAAAGAAGGAGUAAAUUUCAAGUGGCUGAUGUCCAGGUGAGAGAGAGUUGAAUUAAGCUGCACUGCACACGGGAAGGGAUGACAUAAAUAACAAAGUGUAGCUGAGGAUAAUUUCCUUGCAUGGGGAGCUUCGAUGAGUGUUUUUCUGAAAUAUUUUCUGCUUUGUAAACAAACUCAGUGAUAAUUGAACUAUUAUUUCUGACAUCACAACUGAACUGUGUGUAAGGCACUCCCUGUAACUCUUUGGGCCCUGAGAGUUGAUGUAGAAAAGGGAAUACUUUUUUCAUAAUCCAUACAAUAAAGAAUUUGCAGAAACUGUG